CCCGCUGCCCGCCCACGUUGCCGUAGGAACGGAGUCGCCGCGGCCGCCGCCAUGAGCGCGUCCAGGGCCGGGUCCCGCGAAGCCUCGGUCGCUGCUCGGCUCGUUCAGAUGCAAAGUCACCUCACCCCAACAGAGAGGAAAAUGAAAGAUGGAAAUGCUUUUACGGCUGCUGGUAGUAGAGGGAAUGAAGGAAGAACAGAGUCCACAAAGGAAUCUUGUGAUCACUUUCUUUCGGAUAUUCCUGUCACCAGAGAGCAGAUGAACCACUAUCGAGCUGCUGCAGAGACUGCUCAGAGUGAACUAGCAGCACUGUCAGUGAAGUAUGAUUGUGCCCAUUCAGAGCUUCUUGAACUCAGGUCCAGAAUGAUCUCAAAAGAAACCUCUUUAAAAGAGCUGAAGUCUGAAGCUGAAAACUACAAGGAAAACAGUGCUAGACAGGCAUCUCUCCUUUUGUCUUUGCAAACCCGAGUUCAGGAGACAGAAGAAGAGCUGAGCAUGGUUGUGGCUUCUAAAAAACAGGCUGAGCUGACAGCUCAGGCAGCACUGAAGGAAAACUGGGAGCUGAAGGAGAAGCUUCAUGAGCUAAAUGCCAGACUUAAUAAAUAUUUGAAUGAGUGUGAAGAAAGCAAGAAAGAAUCUUAUAGGAUGAGCAGAAGGUAUGAAGAGCUCCUCUCACAGCUUUCCGAAUUCUUGGACACAGACAUCAAAGGAAAAGAGAAACCACAGGAACAUUUAAUGUCAAAGGCUUUUGAAAUAUGUAAAGAAAAUGUGGCACUAAAAGCGCAGGUUACUGCUCUUCAAGAAGAUAUCAAUGGCCAUGAAAUGGAAUCCAAGGCUAGUAGAGAAACUAUCAUGAGGCUUGUUUCAGAGGUGACAAAAGAGCAAAAAAAAGCAGCAGGAUACUAUGAAGAUAUGGAAAAACUUAGUAAGGAUCUUGACAGUGCUAGAAUAGCAAGGCAGAGUUUGGAAAUGGACAUCAGAAACCUCCAAGAUAAACUCAAGGCUAAUCAGAAAGCCUGGGAAGCCUCGAAGCAAGAACUUCAUAGUCUGAAGAUAUCUUUUAGUGAGCUGGAUGGAAAUUUGAAGAGCAGCAAAGAAGAAGCCAGGACGGCACAAAGUGCUUUAGAGACUUUCAGACAGCAAAUCGCAACCCUUCUCAGUAGUGGCUCACAAACGGUUUUACCUUCUGAGAAGGACAUUUUGAAGAGAGUCCAAGAAAUAAGCUGCAAAGAGGAGACUGAAGGGAGAACGGUAUCUCAACUUGAAACCCAGAUAGCUAAACUGACUGAAACUUUGGAAAAUCAGACCAGAUCAUACCAAGAAGCUCUGGAGAGAAACAGAAAAGUUGAAAAACAUUCUGAGAGCUUCCAGGAUCAGCUGAAACACUUAGAAGAGGAGCUGCUGUCUAUAGGUAUGAUACAAGAUGGUCUGAAGCUUGAAAAACAAAAAUAUAUGAACUUUCUGGAACAACUUAAUGAAAAGAUGAAGCUGGAUAGCAUAGCAGCAGAGGUUGGAUUUGAUAUGAAUGUGAAUGCAAUUCUGGCUCGAGUAGAGCAAUUAGUCAAACUGGAAGGUGAUGCAGUGAUUGAAAACAAGACAGUAACAUACAGCCUAAGAAGGAAGUUGAAGACUCAGAAAGAAAAACUUGAAAGCAAGGAGUUGCACAUGAAACUUCUGAGGCAGAAAAUAAACCAGCUGGAAGAAGAGAAACAAGUAAGGACAUCGCUAGCUAUGGAGAGAGAUGAGGCCAAUCUCACUGUCAGAAAGUUGCAAAAGAUGAUAGAGAGAUUACAGAAGCAGCUUGAUCUGGCAAGGGAAACAAAUACUGAUCUCAAAGCCAAGCUGUCUGAAACCAAUGAACUUAAGAUCCGGACUUUGGAGCAGGAUAGAACAAUAGAAGAACUUAAUAAGUCUCAAGGCAAAUUGGAGAGAAUGAAGGAAAAAGCUGAGAAACAACUAAACUCUGUCAAAUCAGAACUCAAUUUAAAGGAACAGAAAGCUACUGAAGAAAAAGAAAAAGCAAAAAAUAUGUUAGAAGUGGCUUCCAGUGAAAUGAAAGUGCUUAAAACAACCCUUGAAGAAUUAGCAAAAAGAGAAAGACAGCUGGCAGACUUCCGAGAGGUCAUCUCACGGAUGCUGGGCCUUGAUCUUGAUAGCCUAGCUCUGCCUGACUAUGAAAUCAUUACACGUCUGGAAGGGCUGAUUCACUUUCAUCAGCAUCAUUUUAUCCCCUGUGUCUGUGUCAAAGAUGUAACAAGGACAGAAGAUGAGCGCUUGGACAGAAAUGCACAGUUUCUUCAUUGAAGCACACAUUUUUGAGGAAACUAAAGUAAUUUUUUCUUCUUCCCUGUCUACAAGACAAGCAUAGAAAAUAGAUCUUUUUGUUCCCUCCUUUACAGUUACUUACUUGGGCUGAUUUUCAGUGUUUCUAUAGGGACUCUGAGCCUAAUGGACAGUGAACAGCCAGCAGUCCAGGGAGAGCAAACACAAAAUCCCUGGGCAGCAUAAUACUUCAUGAUGGGCAAUGUGUGAAAAAUUAACAGCUUUCCAAUUCUAGUGCAGAGGCACUGAUGGCAUAAGCCACCUGAGGUCUGUUAAGUUUUGGCAAGUACUUGCUGGUGAACAUCAGCUUCAGUGAUGUUCCUUGUGCUUUACUUCUUGGGUGACAGACAGUGGUGCAAUAAAGUGUGGACCAACCAGUUACUAUUUCCUUUGCAAAAUGGGACUUCUCUGUGCAUUUCUAUGCGUAAGAGUUUCAGUUUCUAGGCACCUGGAAAGCUGGCUGAGGGCUAUCAUGGUCUUAGGAAAAGGGUUUUUUUCUUCCAUUUUUCUAUUUUAGUCUGCUCUUGAGUAAAAACAAAAAGUUAUGCUUUCUCAGCAAAAGGCACUUUGACAGGCUCCAGUCAUAUGCCUGGCAUAGCUACACACUAAAAUUAUUGAUAGUAGAAUUGUAUGUUGUCUUUGAUCAUGACAUUUUGAAAAUGUUUCUUCUACCUGCUGUGUUCCUUGAACAAUUAAUCCAUGGGCCAAGUAAACAUCAGUUCUUCUGGGUUAAUACAAACAUAUUAACAAUACCCUUGUCCAAUUCAGAAAAUAGUUUAUAGUCUUGAUUUUUCAGAAAAAAACUCAGAUGAUAUGUCCAGAAUCACCUUUUAAUCAUGAAAGCCACUUGUCUAUCACUCUUUCUGAUUGUUAAACUUCAUGAUUUUAAGACAUUCAAACAAUAAAUAUAUUUUAAUAGUA